AGGAUUCUGUAGUACCAUUGACAGAAAAUGGUCGCGUUUGUUGUGUGUUCUAUCUUAUAAUUAGCCUUCAUGUAAUCCAGCGUUUGCUCGGUAGCUUAUUAUUAUUUUUUUUAUAGUUGUUUAUAACGGACAGAUGAGAGAUCGACGGCUAAUAUUAUAGCACUUAAAAAUGGCAGCUGAUAAUAUUGACUACAAUAUUGUGUUUCCAGAUGCGGGGACAUCGGAGCGACACUGGCAGGGGACAAAGGAGCCGGUUGUGAUACUGUUGGGCUGGGCUGGCUGCAAAGACAAACAUCUCUCCAAAUACAGCUCCAUCUACAAUGAGCAGGGAUGUGUCACCAUCCGCUACACAGCUCCACUAAAGACCGUCUUCAUCUCUGAGUCGUUUGGCUACAAGGAACUGAGCAGCACAGCUCUGAAGCUGCUGGAGAUCCUCUUUGACUACGAGGUGGAGAACAGUCCUAUUUUCUUUCACAUAUUCAGCAACGGUGGCUUCAUGCUGUACCGUUACAUAGUGGAACUGCUGCACAGUGACAAACAGUUUAGUUCACUGUGUGUAAUUGGAGCUGUUGUAGACAGUGCCCCGGGUAGCGGGAACAUCCGUGGGGCCCUACGUGCACUGACAACCACAUUAGGGCCAAAGAUUAGCCCUCUCUUAAGGUACAUCCUCCUGGCGCUUUUUGCAGUGAGUGUUUUCCUUUUACGAAUCAUCCUAUACCCCUUGACCAAAUUCAUUCACAAGAACCAUUAUGAUGCUGUGCAGGACAGGCCACCUGCCUGGCCUCAUUUCCACCUGUACUCCAGAGCUGACCAGGUAAUCAGACACAGGGACAUUGAGCGCUUCAUGGAGACUGUGAAGAAGAAAGGCGUCCCCGUGGACAGUUUUGAUUUUGUCUCCAGUCCCCAUGUCAGUCACUUCCGGGAUUUUCCUGAGCAGUACGCUCUCAAGUGCCGCAAUUUUCUAGUUGCUUGCAUGAAGGACUUGGAACAGACUGGAUUAAAAAAGAGACAACAUGUUCAAAGUCAGUGAAACUGAAGGAAAUUUACAACAUUAUGCUAAGCAGUCUUCUCCAGAGUUUAAUGAGAAGGGAAGAAAAUUGGACUAUUUAGCCUUGGGGCGAGGGGGGGAGGGCAUUUCUGCUCUGAACUACUGCAAAAUUUUGCUGAAGCUGAAAGUCUUUGUGCACUUAAAGGGAAUGUUCCACUUGUGUGGUGUAGCUGUACUGCACUCAGUAUGUCAUUAAAACCUUGCAUAUAAAACACUAACUGCUGGGUAAGGGCAUGGACUCUGCCUCCUCAGAUAUAUGUGCAACUGUUAAAAAAUACAAAAAAAAAAAACCAGCUGGAAAACUGAGACUUUGAUUCUAUAGGCUGAUUUAAAUAGUGCUGUGAAAUGUGAUGCAUUGUAGAUUAGUGGUGAUUUUAACACUGAUGCAGCUGUAUAUUCUGUAUUGUCCAUUUAUAAAAUGUAAUUCAUGAUUUGUUAUUAAAAUAAUAUUACAAGGGUGCUGAUAAGGAAGGUAACUGUCACAUAUUAAA